CCUAUGCAUUAGUGGUCAGCUCAAACAGACAAAGUGACAACGAUGGGGGUUCCGUGAUCGAUUUUGUUACCCGGAAAUAUCAACGCUUUUUUGCUUACUUAAUCUGUAGUGCGGACGAUAGAGGAAAUGACAUUAUUGUCUUGAUUGAUAGAGCUCGUCUUGCUAACUGCUCCGUCCACUUCUGUUCGUCAGAUAGUGUAUUAUGUUAGAAACUCACGUGUGUUGAACUUGGCAGCCAAGAAUACAAGUGAGAGGUUUCAAGCAGGGUACCAAGCAACAUGGAGGAGCCCCUUGUUGGGAGCAACAUCGAGAAGACAGCAGGGCCAAAAGAGAGCCUUGUGGUCACUGAGGUCAAGAAGCAGCUGUACCUUGCCGGGCCUCUCAUCGCCGGAUGCCUCCUACAGAACGUCGUCCAGAUGAUAUCAGUCAUGUUUGUCGGUCAUCUCGGUGAGCUCGCUCUCUCGAGUGCCUCCAUCGCCACCUCCUUUGCUGGUGUCACUGGCUUCAGCUUGUUGGCUGGCAUGGCAAGCAGCUUGGACACACUCUGUGGGCAAGCCUUCGGGGCAAAACAGUACCAUCUUCUCGGCAUCUACAAGCAGAGGGCUGUCCUUGUGCUUACUAUGGUGAGCGCUGUGGUCGCGAUAAUCUGGUCGUACACCGGGCAGAUACUUCUGCUCGUCGGCCAGGACCCGGAGAUUGCUAUGGGGGCAGGGAGCUACAUCCGGUGGUUGAUUCCAGCUCUAUUUGUUUACGGACUUCUGCAGUGCCAUGUCCGGUUCCUGCAGACGCAAAACAUAGUUCUCCCGGUGAUGAUGAGCUCAGGUGUCACAGCGCUGAACCAUGUCCUUGUGUGCUGGUUGUUGGUGUACAAGCUUGGGAUGGGCAAUAAGGGUGCUGCCUUGGCCAAUGCCAUCUCUUACCUGGCCAAUGUGUCCAUCUUGGCUAUCUAUAUCAGGGUCUCUCCAACCUGUAAGAACACCUGGAUAGGGGUCUCAAAGGAGGCGUUCCGUGACCUUUUUAGCUUCAUGAGGCUUGCCGUUCCAUCUGCUCUUAUGGUUUGCUUGGAGUGGUGGUCAUUUGAGCUCCUGGUACUUCUCUCUGGACUUCUCCCGAAUCCUAAGCUCGAAGCGUCAGUAUUGUCCAUCUGCCUAAACACCAGUUCGUUAAUAUUCAUGAUCCCUUUCGGGCUUGGGGCAGCCAUAAGCACCCGUGUUUCAAACGAGCUUGGUGCUGGGCGGCCUCAAGCUGCCCGUCUGGCUACUCGUGUGACCAUGGCUAUGGGUCUUGUGACGGGUGUAUCAUUAGGACUUCUUAUGAUUUUGGUGCGCAAUGUAUGGGGGUACUCUUACAGCAAUGAGAAGGAAGUUGUGGAAUACAUUUCCAGAAUGAUGCCAAUUCUGGGCAUUGCAUUUGUUUUCGAUGAUCUGCAAUGUGUCCUUUCAGGUGUUGUUAGGGGUUGUGGUUUGCAAAAGAUUGGUGCUUGUGUCAAUCUCAGUGCAUAUUACCUUGUCGGUGUUCCAGCAGCAUUAUGCUUUGCCUUUUUCUACCAUUUUGGCGGAAUGGGACUUUGGUUCGGAAUAAUGUGUGGACUCGUCGUGCAGAUGCUGCUGCUACUGUCCAUCACCAUGUACACCGACUGGGAGAAAGAAGCUUCGAAGGCAAAGGACAGAGUUUUCAGUUCUUCCCUGCCUAUAGACAUGGCCACAUGAACAUGCGAGAUGCAUCUUUGACAGAACACGGUGCAAGGAAAGAUAUGGACCUCACGAAGAAUUUGUCGCGGAGAAAACUGCUUCGUCUCAAUGCCACGGUGGCGUGGGAUAAGAUAUUUUGAAAGCAAAGGCAUGGCGCUUGAUAUUACAAGGCCAUAAGGGAAUAAAGUGUUUUGUUGAGUAGAGGAAAACGUAGUAUGGACAUGACAUUUCUUUUGAGAAUUUAGUAGACUAUUUUAUUGAUUAGAAAAUCAGACUUUUCUUC